AUGUCGAGCCAACCGUUACUUCAGACUACGCAGGGCAAGCGUAUUGCUCUUCCCACUCGCGUUGAACCCAAGGUUUUCUUCGCCAAUGAGCGUACAUUCCUCUCGUGGCUCAACUUCACCGUCGUGCUUGGGGCUCUGUCCUUGGGUAUGCUCAAUUUUGGCGAUCGCCCCGCCUUCAUCUCGGCCUUCUUCUUCACCGGAGUAUCGGUCUUCACCCUUCUCUAUGCGCUGAUAACGUACCACUGGCGCGCCAAGUCCAUCAGGUUGCGAGGCCAGGCUGGCUUCGAUGAUAGAUUUGGCCCUACCAUCUUAGCCAUCAUGCUCCUGUUGGCAGUUGUUGUCAACUUUGUCCUCCGGAUCGUCUAUUCCGCCAAGGACCACACGAAGAACUAG